UCUGGCCAGGUGGAGUGCAGACAUAAAAACGCACCCUUGACCCGCGCUUCCCACGCCUUUUGUUCUCCCCCAGAAUUUUUUUCACUCUCCACGCCCCGAGGCACUUUAGCAAACCCCCGCCACCUACGCCUUUCAGCUGAACGCAAUCUGAUUCCACCCGCAACUAUGAUGCGCACCACCCCCAACGAGCCUGGCACGCACUACGAUGCCAGCGGCAACCGCGAGCAGCGCACGACCAUCCUCUUCACCAUCCAAGACCAGGUCGGAGCCCUGGACGAGUGCCUGCGCGCGCUGAAGAAGGUCGAUGUCUCGAUGACCCGCAUCGAGUCUCGCCCCAGCCGCUCGAUCACCGCCGGCUACGACUUCUUCAUCGACAUCGAUGCCAACACCAAGGAGGUUGUCCAGAAGGUCAUCGAGGCAAUCAAGGCUGUCAGCGUCGUCAAGGACGUCAGCGCCAUCAGCAACCUCGAUGAUGUGGUCGGCGGCUCCUCGGACAAGAGCCCCGAUGCUGUCCCCUGGUUCCCGCGCAAGGUAUCCGAUCUGGACACCUUUGCUGAGAAGGUCCUGGAGAUGGGCGAGGAGCUGUCGUCCGAUCACCCUGGCGCUAGCGACCCCGUGUACCGUGCCCGCCGCCUCGAGAUCGUCAACAAGGCGAAGGAGUACCGCACUGGGCAGCCGCUGCCUCGCAUCGAGUAUACGGAGCAGGAGAAGGAAACCUGGAGGCAGGUGUACACGCGGCUGCGCAGCAUGUAUCCCAAGUAUGCGUGCCGUGAGUUCCUGCAUGUGUUCCCGCUCCUGGAGCAGAACUGCGGUUACGGCCCCGACGACAUCCCGCAGAUCGAGGACAUCUCGCGCUUCCUGAAGGACUGCACUGGAUUCACUCUGCGCCCCGUCAUGGGUCUUCUCACGCCCAGAGACUUCCUCAACAGCCUUGCCUUCCGCGUCUUCCACUCCACCCAGUACAUCCGCCACCACUCCGAUCCCUACUACACUCCCGAGCCCGACUGCUGCCACGAGCUGCUUGGCCACGUCCCGCUGUUUGCCGACCCGAACUUUGCCGAGCUGGCCCAGGAGAUUGGUCUGGCGUCGCUUGGCGCCUCUGAUGAGGACAUCGAGAAGCUGGCCACCAUCUUCUGGUUCACCGCAGAGUUUGGGCUAUGCAAGGAAGGCGACAACGUGCGUGCCUAUGGCGCUGGCCUGCUGAGCUCGUUUGGCGAGCUCGAAUACGCGCUCACGGACAAGCCCGAGAAGCGCGGCUUUGACCCUUCCCAGACAGCCAUCCAGAAGUACCCAAUUACGGAGUUCCAGCCGGUGUACUUUGUGGCAGACAGCUUCCACGACGCUACAAACAAGCUGCGCGAGUUCAACAAGCAGAUGCGCCGUCCCUUCCAGCUGCGCUACAAUCCCUACACGCAGUCUGUGGAGGUUCUCAACAGCAGGGACACCGUGCAGCACUUUGCCCGGACUAUCCGAAACGAAAUGCAGCUAUUGACUAGCGCCUUGGAGCACUUGUAAGACUGCUCUUUCAAUGCUUAUAUUUGCUGCUGAAUAAAUACCCGAAUCAAGCCCUAGUUGCCGCCACUAAUUGAUCAUGCUGAUGCCGCCUGGCUGCCGUAUAUCUGCACAUGUUAUAGCCGUAUAUGUGGUCAGUUUAUGAUAGUGCUACAUAGAUUGAAUUACUGGCACUUGUUUGGGCGGACAUACUCAAAUAAAAUAUGACCACCACAUUGAGCAUUAUGAGGGACAAUU